AUGCCGGCCCUUCAGCUCUUUGGUCGAAAAUGGCUGGCAGCUACGGAUGACAUGGUCUUCCCAGGUUUUUUCGAAUUUUUAUUACGUUUAUUAUGGCUGACCUUAUUAUCUUGUGCCACGUCGAGAUACUACCCUUUAACGUACGAAUGUAACACCGGUGGUGAUUUCGUUAGAUUUUAUUUAAUAGGAAUGUUGACAAUAUUAGCACUCGUUAUGUUUACAUUAAUAAUAUUAAUUAAUAGAAGCGCACAAGGAGCCAUAACGGAUACAAAUGCAAGACGAUUCGUACCACAUAUAGUAGCCUUUAAGGUUUUCUUAUUAUUACCCGAAGUAGGUUUAAACAUAAUGGGAACGAUAUGGGCAUUAAGUAGUUUAAUAGACUGCGACGUAGAAAAAUUUACCUGUCACGUAAUCGAAGGUUUAAUAGUAUUCGAUUGGGGUCUAUUUGCCCUAUCUAUAUUCGGUUUGGCAUUUGUUUUCGAUCCAAUAGGUUCGACGUCAUACUACGAAAAAUUAAAUAACACGGAUGCCAACAUAGAAUCGAUAAAACAUAGGAAAACCACACGACUUUGGAUCAAAAGGUUCAGAUGGUUUUUUUGUUGGGUUCGUAAGGAUGCACAUUGUCACGAAGCAUUUCAACAAGUGGCAGCUUUGCUCAGCGUUAUUUUUCGGAGUACGGAUUUGGUACCAUCGGAUAUAAUUGCCGGUUGCGUUUUGUUACGCGUUAAACAAAAGAGGAAAACUCGGGAAGUGAGGAGACUUCAAUUGAAAUCCGACAAACAACCACGAACAAGUUCGGACAUACGUGAAAUAUUCGCUUCGGCCCCCCAAUGGAUGUGUUUGAAAAAAGCCAAACAUUAUCUUAAUCUAUCGAUAGCCGCUUACGGUUGGCCUUAUCUCAUGUAUAAAUAUUGUGCGACCGGUAUAUUCAGACUCCUACCGGAAAUGAUGUGUUGUUUUUGUUUUAGAGUGAAAUCAACGUUUGUUACAAACGAUAAUUGUUGUUUGUGUAAUUUGGCGGGUGUUAAAUACAUGUCGAAAAUUCCAGAAGAAGAUAUUUUAUUUGCAUCGUUUAGAAAUCACGUUUUCGAAAUACCUUUUUGCGUCAUAGCACAUCAUAAAACGAAUAGCAUAGUGAUAGCGAUAAGAGGUUCGAUUUCUCUUAGGGAUAUUUUCACGGAUUUAACGGCGGGAGCGGAAAAAUUUGUCGCGGAUGGUAUUCCACCGGAUAGCAUGGCACAUAAGGGCAUGAUGGCGGGUGCUAAAUAUUUAAAAAGACGUUUAGAUGAAGUCAGCGUUUUGGAAAGAGCAUUUGCCAUGUACCCGCAAUACGAUUUAAUAAUAACCGGUCACAGUUUAGGAGCAGGUGUUGGUGUAUUGUUAGCAUUAAUGUUGCGUCCGACGUAUCCAGAACUCAAAGUGUAUGCUUUUGCGACUCCAGCUGGUCUUCUUAGCAGGGAAGCUGCAAAAUAUACGGAAAGUUUUGUUUUUACCGUCGGAGUUGGAGAUGAUUUUGUUAUGAGGCUAAGCGUCGACAGCGCAGAAAAUUUAAGAUGUAAAAUAUUACAAGUGUUAUCAGCAUGCAGAUUACCCAAGUAUCGCAUAAUGAUAAACGGAUUCGGUUAUGCAUUAUUUGGCAUACCAUCGAGAGAUUUAGAAUCUACUUGGCGUAACGACAUGUCAACAACGGCACCAUCUUUACAGGGUCAAUUACCACUUUUAUACGAUCCUUAUCACAUACAUUCGAUUGAUGCCAAUCCGGAAGCUAAUUUAUUAGCCAAAGACGUCACACUACGAAGAUUUUCAAGAACGAGACUGUUUACUGCCGGUAGAAUACUACACAUAACCUAUAGGAAAAAAACUAAACAGGAAAGAAAAACGGGAACGGGUGGACCCACGUUCGAAAUGAAAUGGGCCGUACCUGAAGAUUUUACCGAAAUUAAAGUCGAACCUAGAAUGUUGUUGGAUCAUUUGCCGGAAAAUUUAGAAAAAGUUAUCGAUACCGUUUUAGGUGAACAAAGAAUCGAUAUAAGUGAUAUUAAUUAUAGGCGUAAUAAAAUAUCUCUCAUAUGA